UAGCUGGUUUACUGUACUGGGAAAGAGGGUAGACUGAACUGGCAGGCUGGAUAUUGUUACAACCGGACCCAUAAUUUACAGUGUGUUUAACAAAAGUGAAUAGGCUUCAGUGACGUGUUUACGUCAGUCGUAAAAUAGUCGUAGUCGUGUGUGUUUGGUCAGAGAGGUAAAAAGUUCAGUAGUGAUAGUUUAGUCUGCCUAGGCUGCACUGUAGUAACACAACACUCACCAUGACCUCUUCUGCAUGCAAUGGGGACUGUCCUGAUCACCACACAGAACAUUAUGAGGAUAAACUGCAUCCCCGCACACUGAUCCCUGAGCUCUGCAGGCAGUUCUACCAGCUGGGCUGGGUGACGGGCACUGGAGGAGGCAUCAGCCUCAAGCAUGGAGAUCAGAUCUUCAUCGCCCCUUCAGGAGUGCAGAAGGAGAGGAUCCAGCCUGAAGACAUGUUUGUAUGUGAUGUGGAGGAACGGGAUAUCAGCUGCCCUCCGGCCUGUAAGAAGCUGAAGAAGAGCCAGUGCACUCCCCUGUUUAUGAACGCCUACACCAUGAGAGGGGCUGGUGCAGUGAUCCACACCCACUCGAAGGCAGCCGUGAUGGCCACUUUGCUCUUCCCUGGGAAGGAGUUCCGCAUCACUCACCAGGAGAUGAUCAAGGGCAUUCGUAAGGGCAGCUCGGGGACCAGCUACAGGUACGAUGACACCCUGGUGGUCCCCAUCAUCGAGAACACCCCUGAGGAGAGGGAUCUGAAGGACAGGAUGGCACGAGCAAUGGACCAGUACCCAGAGUCCUGUGCAGUACUGGUCCGACGCCACGGGGUAUACGUCUGGGGGGAGUCCUGGGAGAAGGCCAAGACCAUGUGUGAAUGCUACGACUACCUCUUUGAUAUUGCUGUCCAGAUGAAGCAGUGUGGUCUGGACCCAUCCCAGCUCCCUGCCGAGGAGAAAGGAAUCGUAUGAAAUGGGAGGGUGUAACCUUGAAACAAAAAUGAAACGCUGAAACACAUUGAUUUUAACAGCUUCAGUCUGUCACCUAAUAUAUAUAAUGUUAGAGGUCGGCACAGGUAAAAAGGCUAAUGGAUAACUCGGCAAUGUUUGAUUUCUGUGUGAAACUGUUUGUUUAUUGUUGUUUAUGUUCACAGAGUUAAUUCUGUAUAAUGUACAUUUGUUAACUUUUUUUGCUAUUUAAGCCAUCAAAUUAGACAGUACAAGCCAAUCCCUAAAAGUAUAGUCAACAGUUUGUGGUUGGAUUGUUUUCGUAAAAAUAAUGUUGUAGUUAUUUUAUUAAUUCUUAUUUCAAUUGAACUGUACGAGUUGUACCGAGUUUGUACAGUACUGUAUACUGUAAUUGAUUCAUUCAUUGCAGUUCUUUCGACCGUUUUCAUAAGGACAUUUAACUAAAAAUAAACUUGUAAAUACUGUGA